AAAGCCCUUCGUGACUCGUGACACAGGUUGCUGUGUCACGCACUUGCGCCAGCCGCCGCCACGCUCACCACCAGCAUGGUGAUGGUGAGUUCGCCUUUGUUGAGAAAAAAUGUCGACGCGAAAAAAAGGUUUAAUCAAUCCACAUUAGUCAGAAAGUCUGGCAUUCUUUGUUUCUUUGUUUGUUGCUAAAAAGGCGCAAUUGUUUGCCAGCGCGCAGCAAAGUGCGCCCCACCACUGCAGCGUGGGAUUAUAUAAAUGCGGCAAGGGCUGCACGGCGAAGGGAAAAUCAAGCAAAACUGCAACCAAAGCGGACAGCAGCUCCAUUCACUGGGACGCAGCGGGGUCGCAAGAGCGGAGAAGCGGACGGACGGACGGACACGGUGGCGUUGGCGUUGGCAAUUGGCAAAGUGAAACCGAGAGAGCGGCGGCGAAAGCAAGCGAACGCGCGACAAGGAGAGAGCUGAGAAGAGCGAGAGGCGUGCAAAAAGAGAAACCAGGAACGAGGAGGAGUAGACUCAAACAACAACGACGACAACGACGCCUGCUCUCGCGAGGAUGGACAACUGCGACCAGGACGCCAGCUUCCGGCUGGGGCACAUCAAGGAGGAGGUCAAGCCGGAUAUUUCGCAGCUGAAUGACAGCAAUAACAGCAGCUUCUCGCCAAAGGCCGAGAGUCCCGUUCCCUUCAUGCAGGCCAUGUCCAUGGUCCAUGUACUGCCCACGGGCAAUAAUUCCGGCAACACGGAUUCGCAAAUGUCACAGGCACCAAAUUCUGCUGCGGCUGCCGCCGCCGCUGCAGCUGCCGCAGCCGCUGCCGCCGUCCAGCAGCAAUAUCCGCCGAAUCAUCCGCUGAGCGGCUCCAAACACUUGUGCUCCAUCUGCGGAGAUCGGGCGAGUGGCAAACACUAUGGCGUCUAUAGCUGCGAGGGCUGCAAGGGCUUCUUCAAGCGUACGGUGCGCAAGGAUCUCACAUACGCAUGCCGGGAGAAUCGCAACUGCAUCAUUGACAAGCGUCAAAGGAAUCGCUGCCAGUAUUGUCGCUACCAAAAGUGCCUCACCUGCGGCAUGAAGCGCGAGGCAGUGCAGGAGGAGCGUCAACGUGGUGCCCGGAAUUCAGCGGGACGGCUUAGUGCCAGCGGCGGUGGAGGCGGCGGCGGAGGUGGCAGCAGUGGACCCGGCUCUGUUGGUGGCUCAAGCACUGGUGGUGGCGGUGGCGGUGGCCUGGGAGGCGGUGGAUCCGGCGGCCUGGGCAGCGGCAAUGGCUCCGAUGACUUUAUGCCCAACAGUGUGUCCCGUGACUUCUCCAUCGAACGUCUGCUGGAUGCCGAACAGCGAGCGGAGGCGAUGAGCGGCGAUCGUGCGUUGUCCUUUCUACGCGUCGGACCCAAUUCCACCGUGCAGCCGGAUUACAAGGGCGCCGUGUCCGCCCUAUGCCAGGUGGUCAAUAAGCAGCUCUAUCAGAUGGUCGAGUAUGCGCGCAUGAUGCCGCACUUUGCCCAGGUGCCGCUGGACGAUCAGGUCAUACUGCUAAAAGCCGCCUGGAAUGAGCUGCUGAUUGCGAACGUUGCCUGGUGCAGCAUUGUGUCGCUGGAUGACACCAUGGGCAGCGGCGGCGGUGGAGGAGGCGGUGGCCUGGGACAUGACGGUUCGUUUGAGCGACGAUCACCGGUGCAGCAGCCGCAGCAGCUGUUUCUCAACCAGAGCUUCUCGUACCAUCGCAAUAGCGCAAUCAAGGCCGGCGUAUCGGCGAUCUUUGAUCGCAUCCUGUCCGAGCUGAGCGUGAAGAUGAAGCGUUUGAAUCUGGAUCGGCGCGAGCUGGCCUGUUUGAAGGCGAUCAUACUGUACAAUCCGGAUAUACGCGGCAUCAAGAACCGGGCGGAGAUUGAGAUGUGCCGGGAGAAGGUGUAUGCCUGCCUGGACGAGCACUGCCGAAUGGAGCAUCCCGGUGACGAUGGACGCUUUGCCCAGCUGCUGUUGCGCCUGCCGGCGCUGCGUUCAAUCAGCUUGAAGUGUCUGGAUAACCUGUUCUUCUUCCGCAUCAUCAGCGACCGGCCGCUGGAGGAGCUGUUUCUCGAGCAGCUGGAGGCGUCGCCGCCGCCAGGCCUGGCGAUGAAACUGGAGUAAACCAGUAAACCGUCGAAUGUUUCAUUGUGAUUGCGUUUCUUUGCAUUUCUCCCUAAACUAUCACCCUAAGGUCCCCGCGAAUCCCGAAUCCUCGAACCCUCGAACCUCUAAUAUUACGCUACAUGUGUAUGUAAUUGUUUAUUUUUUUUUUUAUUACCUAAUAUUAUUAUUAUUGAUAUAGAAAAUGUUUUCCUUAAGAUGAAGAUUGAUGCCUCCUCGACGUUUAUGUCCCCAGUAAACGAAAAAACCAGAACACACAAAAUCCAAAACUUGAAAAGAACACAAAUCGAAAGAGAGAAAAGAAAAACAGAAAAAACACGAAGAAAACUAAACAAAAAAAACACAAUAAAGUAAAAGUUCAACUAAAGCUAAAUAAAAAUUAAAAAUAUAUUAUAUAUAAAGGUUAAACAUUAAAUCAUAGUUACGAUGUACAGACGCAUGUAUACAUGCAUGUUCAGUAUAUAUAUAUAUAUAUAUAUAUAUAUAUAUAUAUGUAUAUUUCGGCAGAGCCCGCUCUAAAUCAAUUGUAAUUACUUUUUAACAUAAUUGUACCCCAGCGUUAUCAGUUACAUGUGAGACGAAAAACCAACAAAAAAAUAUAUAUAAAUAUAUAUCUAUGUAUAAAAUAUAAACUGCAUAACAAAGAGAUCU